AUACACACAAAUAUUCUGUGAUGAAGAUUUUGUCCUUUUCGGCUUUAUGUUCGCGGUUAUUUACGGUAAUUUGAAGCUGGUUUAUUUUGGUUCCGAUUUCAGAACGUGCAUCUUUUAAGUAUCUUACCCUAAAACAGAAUUUUUAUAAUACGAUAAAGAUGGGGAAACUAGCGAAACCUCAACGAAGUAAAAAGCAUAAAAAACUUAAGGCUGUUGACCCGUUUUAUCAUGGAAGCAGGAAAGACAGGUAUGACCAUUGGCAAUUGACUUGGACUUACUGACUUACUAAGUUACUAAGUUACUUCACUAACUCCAGUUAAGUCUACUCUACUCAAAGUCAUUAGUUUAGCCAGCUCAUUAGUCAUUAGUAUUAGUAUUAGUCAUUAUUAGCCACUCAUGAUUUAAGUCACUCACUGUCUCUUAAGUUACACUUUCACUUAGUUUUAACUAAUAUUACUAAUAUUAAGUCAUUUAAAAUGUUAACUGUGUAUAGCUUACAGUUACAGUUACUGUUACAGCACAUGACUUACACAGUAAGUUACUUACACUUACAUGAUUAUAAAUUUACACUACCACUACACUGUUUCGACUCAGAGAAACAUGGGUCUUGACAGGUUUUUUGAAAGAAAUUUGCCUCUCAAAAAAAUUUAAUUGUCCUGCUACCAAUGUUCCCUCUAAGGUUUGUUGGUUCGUGUGCAAAGUUUUACAGCAUCAAUUUUUUUGUGUGCAAAAUUUUACAGCCCACAGACACACACACUUAUAUGGAAAUUUGCUGCGCGAGACUCAAAACUGCGUCUGUGAGAUAGCUUGAAGGGAAAAUUGUCUGCUACUAAUUUUUGGCUCUUUUGACUAAUGACUAAUGAGUUUGCUGACCGCUGGCUUAGGACAAAAAAAAAGUUAAAGUCAAAAUUAAAUUCUUAAAAUUAAAUUUUAAAUACACCAGUGUCACUAAGACUGGGAUUUGAAUUGAAAAUCUGAAUCAAUCUACAUUUACAUCUCUGACAGUGGGUUCCAGUAUAACGAACAUAAUCUGUUCUGGAACAGUGCUCAUUAUGCAGGGAAUUUGUUAUGCCGAUUGCUAUUUCCCAUAGGUUCCCAUUAUAAAAAUUUGAUGCAAAUGAAUUUUUUUUAAAUGUUGAAACAUUGAUAAGAAUUUAUUUUAAAAAACAGGGACACACAUUACUCGGAUGACAAUAUUGGACAUUUUUAUUUACACUUUGAACACAUUCAUUAAUUCAAAACACAAGAAUGCCACAACACUCCUGUUACCCUUCAGAAUUAUUCGUAGUCAUAGUGAGCAGAAAAACCAUUUGUAAACUCGCAUAUUUAUUUUUUUCAAAUUUUUUUCUCACAUCCAUUUUUGUUAUGCAGAUAGUUCUUUACAGUGCUUUUUUUGUAAAAAAAAUAGGUGCCAGUACUCAGUGAUGGAUUGCCUAACUUUUAACUACCAGUUUGCACCUCGAUGCAAGCUAAAUCACAACUGCAAAGAUACUAAAUGUCUAAAACAAUUUUAUUUUAUAAUUAACCAACUUAAAUUGUUUUAUUAUUACUUUAUUAGUAUACCAUAUUAAUUAAUAAUAAACGUUAAAAUACAUGAAAAGUAAUAAUUUUUUCCCCACAUUGAAAAAGGUGCCGGUACGCCGUACCGGUGCGUACCGGCACAAAAAAAAGCACUGGUUCUUUAUGCAUUCUUUAUGCAAGGACCCACUGUAAUUUCUUCUCACUCAACUAGAAAGUGUCCGGAGAAGAAAUAUUUCUCUCUCUACUCCCCUCAAGUGUAAUCAAAUUAUUAAAUACAGUGGAACUCCACUCUAACUAAAAUUUGGAUAUAACACGUUCAUGGUAUGGCUCCAGAAAUUUUGUAUUUUCAUCAUUCACACAGGAAUUCAACUGUUUGUUUUUUUCAAAGUACCAUAAUUGAAAAUAUAGCAAAAAUAUUUUUAAAUUCUCAUAUGACAUAAUCACAAAUUCACUGACAGUAGACACAUACCUAGUCCACUGCAAUGUAUUUUAACAUGUAUACUUUUUCAUUGACAUGCAGUCGAACAGAAGGACUAAAUAAAAAACCUAAGAACUAUGAUCAAGAGGUUCCAAAGAAACUAAAGCAGCUUGGUUUCACAAUUGAUGGAGUAAGACAUGGCAAAGUUGGAAAGAACAGUGUAUACAAAUUCAGACACCACCCUGAUGGUCUGUAUAACAUAAAAAUAACAUGUAGGCCUAUUCAGCAAAAUUAAUUUAAACAUUUUUUUUUUCAUUACAAAAAUUAUUUAGAAUUCAUUUUUUAUGAUUAGAGCCUUGCUACUGAAGAAUGAUAUAUUAUAUAAUAUUUUCCAAUCUCAUUUGGGAAACCCCAAAAAUAUUAUAAAGAUGCUUUUUUUUCAAAGCUCUAAAAACUGAAUAUUGUGUACUUCUUAUUGAUUUUUUUUUUUUUUUGGUUGUAAAUUUAAUAUUUCUUUAUUUUACUUACAUUUAAUGCAACUUUUUAAUGAUUUAUUUUACGUUUAAAAAUUUAGUUCCACAAAAGUACAAAAACAAGUUUAAAUAUUUUGUACUUUUUAUUGAUUUUUUUUUUUUUUUGGCUGUAAAUUUAAUAUUUCUUUAUUUUACUUACAUUUAAUGCAACUUUGUAAUGAUUUAUUUUACGUCUAAAAAUUUAGCUCCACAAAAGUACAAAAACAAGUUUAGCACACCUCUAGGGUUAAAAUCUGACUCAAAUUUUGUAAAUAACAAUCUAAAGAAGCAGAAAGAUGCUACAGAAAAGCCCAAAGAGUCAAAAAAAAUUAAGAUAGGAAAGGUGAAGAUUUCAGAGGAAGCUGUCAAUAAAUACAUAGACAAUAUAACGCCAAGCAGACCUUUUGUUGAGAAUUUCCAAUUCACAAAGAAUCCAAAUGAGACAGAUGCAAAAUUUAUGAAGCGUGUCAAUGAAAAGACUAAUUGGGUACUCAGCAAGUCCAAAAUCGAUGAUAUGUUUGAUGUAAGAAAACAUUACUUUAACUUUUUUUUAUACAAUGAUUUAAUAAGUGCCUUUCUUUUUUUGUUUACUUACAAUCAAUAAGCUAAGAUAGGCUUAUGGCCUUAAGAUAUUGUUUCAAAUUUAGAAAACAGGAUCUCUUGUUCCUGUUAAUAAUCCAUCUAAAAAUCUAAAGGACAAUAUUUAUUUUGUUUCUCUUUACUUCAUUUCUUUCCUCAUAAUUUUACAUUGCAGAUUAGUGAUGAAAAGAAAAUUAUGAUGAAAAUUAGAACAACAAAGGGAAUGAGUGAAAAGAAAAAACAGUGAGCAUACUUGAAGCAGUUUAGUUUUUAAAACUUCACAGCCCUUUUUACAUGAUAGUUUGCCUUCAAUUAGCAUUUAAAACAUAUUUUUAGAACUAUUUCUCAACAAAAAUUAGCCUUUUUUCUGUUUAAGUGAAAACGGAACAAGCAUUAGCCAGUUUAUUCUGAAUUAAAUGGUUUAAAACACAACAAAAUUUAAAACUCUUUAUUUUUGUAGGCACAAUUUGUUAAUUGGAAAUGUUUUGGAUUCCUGAAUACUUUUUGGUACAGCUAUUUAAAAAUUGAUAUUAUUUUCUUUUAUUUUAUACCCAACAUCAAUUUUUUUUUUUAAAUUUGCUUUCUUUUGAUUUACUUAAUUUUCUAAAUUUAACUGAUUAAAUUUUUUUUUCAGGAGACUAAAAGAGAAGAAAAAGAAAAAAUUAGAAGCUUUGAAGGAAAAGAAGGAGGAAAAGAAAACCGGAUUUGCUGCUCUCCAAGGUAAUUUUGACUUAAUUUUAAGACUCCUUAAAUAAAAAAAGCUAACAUGGCAUGAGCACAGCCAAAUCCUGUAUAAGAAAUUCAACCAAAGACUGUUCUACCUCAAAAAACUGUACAAUUUCGGCGUAAACAAGCAAGUCGUUAACUUAUUCUACAGUGCAACUAUUUGAAGCCUGCUUAAUUUCAGUAUUACCUGCUGGUGUGGUAAUUCAUCGUCUGAUUUUACACACCCCAUAAACCGACUAAUCAAGAAAGCUAGAAACAUAACACAAACUAAACAUCCUUCACUUGAAGAACCAUUUGAUUGUACAGUUUUUUGUUUUUGUAUAGAGACAUUCAGCUGGAGAAAAUUUUCAUCGCACGAAUUGAUAAAGCUUGUAACUAAGUUGCGGUAUAAGCCUUAUUCCUCAGAUAUUAAGCCAAUGAUGGUGGUAUCAUCAGCAAAUUUUAAGAUUGGAGCGCUGUCACUUGAGCUUUGAAUAUCAUUUGUAUACAUUGUAUACAGUACAGAAGAGAUAAUGCAGCCUUGUGGUGCCCCGGUGCUUAUUUCUCUGGUUAGAGAUAAUAGGUUAUUUACUUUGACAUAUUGUGGUCGAUUUGUUAAAAAGUUCAGUAUCCAACCCUCAAUAUUUAAAUUGACACCUAGCGAGGAAAAUUUCUUUAUCAUAAGAAGUGGUUGGAUAGUGUUAAAUGCUGAUGAGAAGUCUAAGAAAAGCACUCUGGCUUAUGUUUUAGGACUGUCUAGGUGAUGGUAAAGUCUCUCCAACAAUAGUAAGAUUGUGUCCUCCGUACUUCUGGCAAGUUUGUAAGCAAAUUGGUGGGGGUCAAGUUUUUGCUGUACUUCAUUCAAAAUUUCUUUCGGAAUUAUUUUCUCAAAACAUUUCAUGACAAUAGAGGUAAGUGCAACAGGUUGUAAGUCAUUGUUGCACAUUACCUCAAAUAAGUAAUCUUAAAAAAAAAUUAUAAAACAAUUUUACUAUUUAUUUAACAUUAAUAUUAAAGGAUUUUAUAGGCACAUAUAUUAAGUGAACCUACUUUUCCAUAAGCAUUCAGAUUAAGUAUAAAAUGCUGUAAAGCAUUAUGCAGGUGUGUGCAAAAGUAUCCCUGCAUUAUGAAUGUAUUCAAAUUAAGAAACCUUGAUUUCUGCUCCCUCACCUCCUUUUCAGCGAUUAAAGUGGCUAUGAUGGUCACCUUUUUAUUUGAGAUAAGCACUAUAAAUAUGUAAACAUCCGUCACCUACUUUGGGAAAGUGGCCUUUUUUUUUUUUUAGAGAUGUGAAGCGUUUUUGUAUUUUGUAUACAUUAACUGUAUGUUUAUUUAUUUUUCGAUUACGAUACGUUAUUGAAUGAUUGUGGGGUCGUAAAGAACUAUUUUGAAUCGAUAUUGCGCUAUUUUGUGAGUUCUAUGGUGACCAGGUCGUUUAAAAUCAUAUUAGAAGUCAGUCUUACAGGUCACAGAGCUAGCUAUAUAUAUGGAUACCCCUUUUGCUAGAGCAGGGGUCAGGAAAAUUUUUGUGUGAGAGCCAUGGACACCACAUAUUUUGAAAAGUAAUUCCGUGAGAGCCAUACAUUAUGUUUAAAACUAAAAAUUCAAGUAAAUGUGUGCAUUUUGUGUAAUUUCACCACUAAAAAUGCAAUAAUUAUGUCUCUGAAUUCUUUUUAAUAACAUUGUUAGGCUGUUGCUAAUCAAUAAUGAGCAUUUCUUACCAUUAAUGCAACUUUUUUUAUAAUCGAACAUUUGUCUGCGAGCCAGAUGCAGCCAUCAAUAGAGCCACAUCUGGCUCGCGCGCCAUAGGUUCCCAACCCCUGUGCUAGAGGAAAUCUUUGACAAUGCAACUGUAAAAAUUCACACAUUUAAUUUAUUUGACAGCUGAUAUUUCUAAUUUCUAUGUUUUUAUUUGAAAGCUGAUGCUAAUAUUUAAUUGUAUUUGCCAUCAUCUAGAUAAAGUUGAAUUUGGAGAGGUUGUUCAUGCUCCUCCUGUGUUAUCAGUGAGACCAAAGAAAGCUGUUGUCACAGAUGUUGACAGGGUAUGCUAAACUCUGUGUAAAGGGAUGUAUUUUAAGUAACUCUGUUUAGUAAUGCAGUGUUGUCACAACUAAAAUUAGCGGUUUUUAAUUUAUUGGGAUAUAUUUUAAGUACCAGUAAUGCAGAUUAGUCAUAAAUAAAAUUGGAAUUUUAAUGUACUUUUUUGUUGGAUUUACAUUAAUUUAAUUUCAUCGUAAAAUAGGUUUGUGAGAUGAUUUGUAUAAAACAGACUAUUAAGAUUACCGGUUUAUGUAAUAGCGAUUGUCAAAUACUGGAUAUCCAUUUUCAGCCUGGACUCAGAAUGCCAGAAUUAAAAGCUGCCUUUGAGGGCAAGAAGGAAGAGACAGAGAAACUGAUCAAGUCUCCAAACAGCACAGCAAAGUUGGAGAGACAAGUUGGGAAAUCAAUCAAAAGAAAGUCUUUGUCGUUAAGGCAGAAAGCUGUAGCAGAUGCCCAGAGAGAGAAAAUGAUAGAACAUUACAGGCAGUUAAAGAAAAUAAAAUAGAAUGAGUUUACCUCUUUAUUUUUUAUUAUUAUUUUUAUAAAACAAUAUAUUAAGCAUUAAAUUUAGAUUACAUUUUCUUAAAAGCUCAUUGAGUUUAUAAUAAGCAGUAAGCAUUCAUAACAAGCUGUUGAGUUACUGUUCAAGGGAUGUCUAGCUUUAGAUCAGUGGGAAAGUAUGGGCCUGCUUUUGGCUAAUGAGAUGGUCAAUGUCAGGUUA